UUUAAAAAAGGGAGGAGAAAUUGGGAGAGAAAAAAGAAACCCACACUAGUGAAGGGAGAGAGGGGGGAUCGAAACCCUAGGGCGGCGAGCUCGGCGGCGAUGGCGGCGGCGGCGGCGCCGGAGUCGUACAUCGGGAGCGUGAUAAGCCUCACGUCGAAGAGCGAGAUCCGGUACGAGGGCGUCCUCUACACCAUCAACACCGAGGAGUCCAGCAUCGGGCUCAGGAACGUUCGCUCAUUUGGAACUGAAGGUCGUAAGAAGGAUGGUCAACAGAUUCCAGCCAGUGACAAGAUAUAUGAAUACAUACUAUUUAGAGGAAGUGAUAUAAAGGAUUUACAAGUCAAAUCCUCUCCACCAGCUCAGCCUACUACUUUACACAACGAUCCAGCGAUUAUCCAGUCACAUUAUCCUUGUCCUGCCUCUACGAGCUUACCGCCUCCUGCAAGCACAGCAGCUGAUCCUGCCUCACACAAUGGUCAGUCAGGAAUUCAGAUGCCUCCACCAUUGCCCCAAUUUCAACCUGGGGCCAGUUUACCAUCAUGGAACUCAUCACCUAUGCCAUCAUCUGCAAAUGGCGCUCCUGCUAGCACAACAACAGCUGAUCCUGGCUCACACAAUGGUCAGUCAGGAAUUCAGAUGCCACCACCGUUGCCCCAAUAUCAACCUGGGGCCAGUUUACCGUCAUGGAACUCAUCACCUAUGCCAUCAUCUGCAAAUGGUGCUGGCCUUACUAUGCCACCAAUGUACUGGCCAGGAUUUUAUACACCACCAAGUGGGUUUCCUCAUUUGCAACAACCGCCCUUUCUUCGUCCACCACAUGGCUUGACAAUUCCACAGGCCUUGCAGCAGCCCAUACAGUAUCCUGGACUUAAUGCACCUUUACCACCUUUUCCUAGAAUGCCAGAGUUUGCUUUACCACAACCUGGUAGUGGUAAUAACUUGACCCAGAAUCUAGGUGUAUCCACAUCAAUGCCGGUCCCUGCCUUAUCAAGUACUCCAGCAACUGAAUCAUCUGCAAACCAGCUUCCAAAUAUGCUGUCAUCUGUUUCUGCUAGUGUAUUCUCUCUGGGUUUAACUCCCCCAUCUGUUAAUCCGCCAGUCUCUACAAUUGAAUCGACUAUGUCCCAAUCGCAAGGCAUCUCUCCUCUGAUGAACAAUAAGCCAGUCUCACUUCCUCUUGACUCUACUGUACCAUCUGCCAGCAGUAAUAAGCCUAUGAAUAUACCUGUGCCAACCUAUCUACCUUCCUCUCAGCCACCAUUGGCUAAUAUUGCAGCAAGUGCAGCCACUGUUGCAGAACCAGUUACAUUGGUCACUCCUGGCCAACUUCUACCAACCAUUUCAUCUACAGUCCUUUCGGCUGAUGCCUUGGAAACAGCUUCAGCUAUGAUUCCAUCCCCUAAGGCUGCCUCCUCUAUGGUCUCAUCCUCUCAGGCUGCCUUGGCUGCAUCCUCUCAGCUGGAGCAAAACAAUGAAGAUAGGCACACCAAGAAACCUGAAUGGAAGGCUAAACAACACUCUGUUGCUCCAUCCAACAAGGAACCCCUGUUGCCAGCACCUAAGCCUACUCUUCAGAAGCCUGUUGGAGCUUCCUCAUACAUUCAAUACAACAAUAGAGGCCGAGGAAGAGGAAGAGGCCGAGGAAGAGGAAUUGGGCAAUCACGUCCUAUAACCAAGUUUACAGAGGACUUCGAUUUCAUGGCAAUGAAUGAGAAGUUUAACAAAGAUGAAGUAUGGGGCCAUCUCGGUAAAAGCAAAGGACAGUUGAACGAUGAUCCUAAUGAGUAUGAAGAUGAUGUUCUAGAAGAUGAUAUUUCUCCUGGGAAGCCAGAAGUUAAGCCUGUAUAUGUCAAAGAUGACUUCUUUGAUUCACUGUCAUGCAAUACCAUUGAUAAUGGAGGGGGGAAUGGAAGAAUCAAAUUCUCGGAGCAGAGAAAAAUAGACACAGAGACUUUUGGUGAUUCUGCAAGGCAUCGGCCCAUGGGCAUGCGUGGAGGAGGGAGGGGUCCCCGUGGUGGACCCCGUGGACGUGGUUACUAUGGGAGGGGGUAUGGAUAUAUGGGAAGGGGGCGCGGCUACUCCUACCCAAACCACCAAUCUUAGUAAGGAGGGCUAUGCUUUUCCAUUCCGAUGAGCAGAUGAAUGGUGGUUGAAUGGUGAUGAAGAAGGAAGAGCUUUUAUGGCUAUAUUUGUAGUGUAAUCUCGCAGGUAUCUCAGGUCCCGGCUUGUUGGCACGAACGGGCCUCAACAACAAAGCAAUCAAUUUGAUAAAUUAAGAAAUUCUCACAACGAGUUUUCUGUAGAGCUUUUACCUGCUUUCCUGAAUCCCUGUCAAUGUUGAUGCUCGUUGCUCUCCCUGAGGAUGCUGAUGGGAUAUAAACUAAAAACUAUUUUGUGAUUCAGCGAAUGAUUAUAUCCAGUGUUAAUUUUGGUACUGUGGGAGCAUAUAUGUUAGUUCUAUCAAAUUGUCAAUGUUUUUAUUGAGCUCA